AAAAGAUGGAGUACCAUAACCCCUGGAUAUUCUUUUUAGCUGGAAUUUUCAUUCUUCUUAUAGUAUUCAUUUGUAUUUCAACAUUUAGUGAAAGCAGUCAAUGGUGGACCUCAACUACCAGAAUGCUUAGAUGUCAACCAUAACACACCCGCCCCCGAAUUCAACCAAAUGUCGCCAGCCCAUGUCGCCCAUACCUAAAUCCGCCCCUGCAUGCACCUAACUAUGAAAUCAUAAAGGACAUCAGCCUACACAUUCUCUAUUUCUGUCUUGGUCUUGACAACUUGACAUUGACUUGAAUGACAGGCAUGAUGUACAUUUCACAGAUUUGGAUAUUUCUUGGUGCUUUAGUGUCUUCAAAUGCAUUGCAUCCCUGCCUAGGAAGGUGUGAAAAUGUCACAGUGAUCACAGUCAAUGCCUCUAUGAAAUCUGGAGUCUUUCUCCCUUGUCACUUUGACAAUAAAACAAGAAAUAAAACAGAGAGAGUUGAAUGGAGCCACUUGUCCAGUCUCCUGAGGAUCACACAAGAUGGGAAUAUCGACUUUAAUAAACCUAGAGAAGGACGAGUGAAUGUUUUUCCCAUUCUCGCGUACAAGGGAAACUUCUCCAUUCUCAUCCAUGAUCUGCAGCCUUCAGAUCUCGGCACAUACUGUUGUGAGCUGAGCAGGGAAUGCUGGAGAGUGGAGAUCAUAGAAUCACCCCAUCCAGCUGAAAAAAGUAAUGAAAUCCCAGUAAACCCCUGGUUAUACUUUGCGGCUGGAGCUGGAUUGUUUAUUCUCCUUUUUAUUGCAUUCAGCUUGUUUUCUCAGUUCUGGGGAAACUGUGUAAAUGGAUCAUCGAAAUCUAAUCCAGUUCAUGGAGUACAGAAUGAAGGUAAUAAUCCCCCAGAAGAAAUACAGAAAACAAGAAGUGGUGAGCACAGAAAUAAUAACAGCAGGGGUGUGAUCAGAGGGAAUACAACUGUUUAUGAAAAUGACCAACAUGCUCCAAAUCAAAUUUCAGAACAGAGAGCUUUCAGACCAGUUCCUGAGCCAACUACAAGUCAUCAGUCCACUUCAAAUCCAUACUACGUCAACCAGGCAGAACUCUCCAUUCCAAGCAAUGUUGGCAAAAAACGGAAAAAACCAAAACAUAUGCAGAUCAAAAAUCCAAUCUAUGGAGAUUGAUGUGAUCUGCAGGCUUUAGACUGUGAUGACAGUAUCCAGUUCCACAGAAUCCAGAAUCCAAGUUUUAGUCCGUAAAACAUAACUGUUCAUUUCAAAUCAUCUGUAAACCAACGGAUCUUAUUAAACAGCAAUGUUUAACACUGAUGUUAUUUUUUCAUUAAUUCCAUUUUUGGAUUAUAUGUUGUUGCAUUGGGGGAAAACUACAUUUAUUAAGUGACAUGAAUAUUACAUGAAAAAAACGAAUGCUUCAAAAACUAUUGUUGCCUCGAUGCACUUGCUGUAUCAUACAUAUUACUAACAGUGGUUAAUUGAUUUUAGUUGCAGUAAUACAGUAUUACAAAAUCCUCCCAUUAUUAUUAAACAUAUUUUUGAGGAGUCAGAUAUUUUCAGAUAUUAUUAUACAUUAUAGUAUAUUUAUACUUUGUUGUAUAUAUAUUUUGAUCUUAACAGAAUUCAGGAUUUAAGAGAAUUUAUGGGUAAUUGAUUAAUCUUAAUCAGCCAUUAAACUCUCUCUUUCUUCUGAGUUACUUCAUUAGUGCUGAAAAUAAUUAUUCUGGUGUCCAAAAUCUGAUGAUCACAGUUUUCACAAAUGUGGUACCCAAAGUAAUACUGGUUAUACUGUGGUGUUUUUGAUAUAUACCAUGGUACUGGAUGAUUAUUUAAU